UUUCACAACGUUAUACGUCUACUUUUGAUAGAACAAAUGUCGGUCCGGUACGCCUGCUCGCAUCUCGAUACGCCUGCACCGCCGCUCCCCCCAUCGUACCCAUCAAGCGGUCCAUCUUUCUUUCCGAUCGAACAGCUUUAUUUCUGUGAAGAAUGUGAUGCUCUUCGGUGUGAUCUCUGUGUCGGGGUAGAGGUCGCCAGUUACUUUUGUCCAAACUGUCUCUUUGACGUCCCGGGCGCAAACGUAAGGGGAGAUAGGAACAGAUGCGCGAGAUCAUGUUUCUCCUGCCCUCAAUGCUCAUCGAGUUUAUCGAUCCAAGCGUCCGAUUUUGCGCGGGACGACGUCUCUGGGGACGGAGCACCGCCCGGACCUCUGUACCUCCUCGUUUGUCCUGGAUGUAGGUGGUCGAGUAAGCAGAUAGGUUGGGAGUUUGAAAAGCCCACGGGAAUUGCUCUGCAAGUACAAAAGCGAUGGACACAGCCUGAACGAAUACAGGCAGAGUUUGAUCAUAUCAAAGAUCAUCUCGAGUCGUACAUGACUUGUUCUUCAUCUACACCCACUACACCACAUCAUCGGCCGAGGGCGCCUUCACGCCACAUUUCGCAUCUCACGCAGAUGGCGGCCAAGGCGUUGAACCGGCCUGUUCAUGGAUUUGCUGUACGUAAAAGGCCCCUGCAAGCGCCGGGAGGGGAGAAAGUGGGUUGGGAUGAGCUGGAAGCGUACGAGUCAAAGGCAAGCUGGCGAGAGCUGGGGUUGGAAAAGGGGAUGGGAGACGUUGAGGCGGUCAGGUCGUUGGAAGAAGCGGGGUGGGAAGGGAUGGCCGCGGUGGAUAGGCGGUGGGGUACGAGCUGGGAAUGUGAUCGGAUGUCCAAAUCGGUUUUACCGCAGAGAAUCCCGCUAAGGACGAAACUCACUAAACGGUGUCCCGAGCCUAGCUGUCGUCAUUUACUUGUCCAGCCGGAUACGAAAAGCGUGCGUAUGAAGAUCAAGAUGGUAGCGCUCAACUACCUUCCCAUCCUGGAGGUGGGUCGGCGGCGGCGGCGGGUGGUGGUGGUGCCCGGUGGGGAUACGGACGAACGGCCGGGUGUUGAAGCGCAUGCGCAUGACGCUGAGCGGGAGGAGAAGAGACGAGAACGACGUCGGACGCGACCUGCUUUAUCGGGCAUCUCAUGGUCCGGGGGCGAAAAGGGUGAAGAAGAGGACGAGGCUGGCGACAGGCCGCUUGUUGCAGGCGAGACGUACACCUUUCAGCUCGCGCUUACCAACCCGCUAUACGAUCCUAUCCAAAUCCGGCUGACUCGGCCUCCCCUGCCUAAACAUGCACCGCCGGAAAAGUGCGAGGUGAGGAUCGCGACGCCGCAUUUUACGUGUAAUGCCUCGAAAGAUGCGUGGGCGUAUGAUGAUGAGGAGGAUGGGGAUGGAAGUGAGGAUGCGGCCGGGACAGGGACGAUGCGGAAAGGAGGACGAUUGGGUGUGCUCGCAGGCGGCAGCUUGCGCGAUAAACGGCGGGAAGCGGGGGUCGAGAAAAGGGGGAAUGUGUCAAAGGUGCCUAUCGAGGUGGAGAUUUCUGAACAAGCACGGGGGGAUGUCGAGUUUGAUUUGGAAGUGCGGUUUACGUAUCGCGUCGAGGGCGAGGGGACGGGGGAGAAGGGGAGGGAAGAGUACAAGCAUUUCACAUUUUGGGCGAGGGUUCAUCUCGGGGAGGUGUAGGUGGAUUGUAUGUAGGUAUGGAUUGUGUUGUAUAUAUGGCUUGAAGCAUAAAGACUGCCUCCACCUCCACCUGCCGCGUCGAUAC